AUGUCCACCGACAUCCUCACACAGCUCCAAACCACCUACGACCAGCUCCUGACGCAGUUCUUCUCGACCGUCUCGUACCUCUCUCAACGCCACCCACUCGUUGCGCCCGAGCCCGACCCCUCGGAUCCCUACACAAACCCACCGGCGCAGAUCCAACAAACACCCAAUCCGGACGGCGGCGCAGCACAGACGUCCAGCAGCGGAGGUGGUCUGCUCCCUGGACCCGAAGACACAGAUCGCAGCGUGUACCCUCUCCGCCCGGCGGCGCCGAACGUGUUUGCGUCUGCGCAGCGCGAGUUGGCCGAGGAUCUCGUAACCAAGGCGCAGCAGAUCGAGUUCCUGAUAUCACGACUGCCGGGGAUCGGGCGGGGCGAAGAGGAGCAGGCGCGCGAGAUCCAGCAACUGGUAGAGAAGGUGCGGCAGAUGGAAGUACGGCGCAAGGAGAAGAGGAAGGAGAUGCGGGAGUGUGUCAGAAGGCUGGACAGCGUGGUGCUGGGUAUGGCGCAGAGUGUGGACUACGAGGAAGACGUGAACGCGAGUCACCCGAACAGGGCUGCGACGGGGGGAUGA